CGACAACCAGUUUCGAGAGUUACUUCGCGCUGAGUAGACGUGUUUUUGUAGUGUUGUUGCGUAUAGCGCCCAGACCAGUGUGAAAGAAGAGAGUUAUCUACACACAUCACACAAAGUUAGUACCGCGCCGCGUGCGUCCGUUACUUGCGUUGCAUCGCGCGCUUCGUCCCCUCUUUCUGGCGUUGCGGUCGGUUGUUGUGUUAGAACAGUUUCUGCAUUACAACAAACUGUCAUUUUUUUGCAUUGGGAGGUGUUCGCGAAGAAGGCAAGAGAGUGUUUUUUUAAAGGUACGACAGACGGUCGGCGAAACAGGGUGGUUAGGAAGAAGGUGAAAGUUUUUUUGGUCGAGUGUUGUUGUUUUGACGAAAUUCCAGCGGCGUAUUGAGAGCACGCGGUGACUCGAUGAUAGAUUUGGGGAACCGGUUCGCGCCCGGUUCGAAAGUUGUUUCGCACGGAGGUACGACAUCGUAAAAAAAAGUUCGGCGUCUGGAAAUUCGUAAAUCACGCAUACAAUUUCGGACGAUCAGCCGAACACAAAGCGUGCCGCGAAAAGGUGAAAGAGAGAUAUCGGUGAAUGUGCAGAAGAGAAAAAAAAAGUGAGAAAGUUUUGAAAGUUGAACCCGUUUUGGGGAAGAAGAAUCCGUCGAACAGAAGAAUGCUUGAGCUAAGUGGUGUUUUGUGAUUAUUGAGUUGGAAUUUCACGACUCGGUUAUCUUCUCAAAAGUGAAUAAAAAGAGUAAUCGAGUGAGUAACCCGUCCGGCUCCGGGUGGCAUCCGGAGUUUGUUUUUUGUUUACGAAAAAACGACACAACCGCAUUGAAAUCAAAAGAAUAAAACGAAGAGGGAAUUAAAAAAAAGGAUGAUACACUGAUAAAGUCGGUCAACCGAUUUUGCUGUUUUGUAAACAACCAUAAGACGACGACGACGACUACAGCAUGUGUUGUAGUCCAGCGAUUCGCUAGGCGAAGAAGUGUGUCGCGCGUCGAAAGGCUGGCGAUACGUUACGCCAUUGUCGCCAAAUCGUCGUAACCUUGGUGGGAUCCCUUCGCCUGGCGCUGGCAUUCCACCCGUAGACAGCUGCCCCCGUUUACGCAGUCACGAGAUGCACGUUUUGAAAAUUGAAAUGGCACGCGACUCGACAAUGGGACGCGAUCGGGUACUGGCAGUACCCAGUACCGGCAUUGCGUUGGAAACCCCCUCUACAUCACAACUGACGGCUGGACCGCCCGACAUCAAUCAACAGAUAUUGGAGCUUCGCAAAGAGCAGGAACUCCAGAAGCAGAAGCUGUGGCACGCCUUCCAGGAGAAGAACAAGGAGCUGGAGCUGCAGCACCGCCAACAGCUGGAACACAAGUUUCAGGUAGUUUCCGAACUCCGCGAUCAGCGCCUGGCGGAGGAAGCCGCCCAGCAGCGGGAACGGCGCGAGCGCGAAGCGAUGAAGCGCAAGGAGAAGCAGGACUUCAGCGCCAACGCCAGCUCCGAGGUGAAACAGAAGCUGCAGACGUUUCUCAUCCAGAAGAAGCAAGCGGCCGCCUCCAACGGCAUGAACUCACCCUCGUUCUAUCGGAAUUUGGGUGUCGUCAAAUCCUCCUCAGGGGAGUCGAUCCCGGCCGGUGCUGUGGUGGCCAGUUCGCACCCGUACAAGAUUCCACCGCCGCCGCCCUCGUCCAUGGCCAAGUACGACUCGGACUUUCCACUGCGGAAAACAGCCUCCGAGUCCAAUCUGCUGAAGAUUCGCAUCAAGCAACGGGUAAUCGAGAAACGUGCCAUGACCGGACCUCUAGCAGCCGCUCGCCGCCAGGAACGCCUCCAGCAAGCCGCCCAACGACGGAUGCAGCAGAAGCAAGCUCAACUGUCGGGCAGCGGCGCAGGGCAACCGCCAACCCAUCCGCACCUCUCGACGCUGGCCGCCCAACAUCCCGCAAAUUGCGCUGCUGGAACGCCUGACUCUGGCCCGAAUUCACCGCCUGCCCUGGGAAGCCGGGGUUCGCCUUCGAAUGCACCCAUCCAGGAAGAGAACGAAGAUCCACAGUACGGCCCUGGCGGUCGAUCUAGCAUCAACGAUUUAUCACUGUUCAGCUCACCCUCGAUGCCGAACAUUUCGCUCGGUAGGCCCCACCUGGCCGAUGCGCACUCUACCAAUCAUCUUGUGCUUUCCCCACAGUCUAUGGUACCGCUGAGACCUCAUCAGAUGGUGGCCGCCGGUCAGCCACCUCCAAUGUCCCAUCACCCGCCACCGUUCGGACACCCGUCCAUGUUGGACCAACUGACGGAGCAGCAACUGCAGGCAGCUGCUGCGGCGGCCGCAGUUGCCAGUGGUCUAUCGAUAAACCCCACCCAUCUGGGAGGGAUUCACGCUGGCGUUCCUCCGGUCUACGGCCAUCCCAUUACCGAUGCCCAGGUGGCACAGGCACGACUGCACAAACAAGGUCAUCGGCCGCUCGGUCGAACACAAUCCGCACCUCUUCCCCUCGGUCAUCCCAUGCUGACUGGCACCGGCAGUGGCGUCGUCAACAUCGGUCAAACUCAUUACGAGAACAGUGAUGCCGAACGCCAAGCGUACGAGCAGCACCUACUCAUGAAGCAAAAAAUCCGUCAGACGGCGCUCAGCCGAGCCAACUGCGUCCGGGAGCCGCAACUCAAGGAAGAGGUCGAAUCUGGUGAGGUGAUCGAUCUCACCGACAAGAAGCAACCUCCGAAAACCACGGUCAUAACCUCAAACAGUGUCAUCAAGAGCACCUCCCAUACCACGCUGCUGCGAGAUCCGGCGGAAAGCUUACAGCAGCAGCAGCACGUUGAGUUCCUACAGGCCCAAGCCCUGAUGCGGCAUUCGAUGCAGAUCGGCAUGCUGGAAGAUGCCUACAAUCGGUCUUUGUUGCGACCUCUUUCACGAACCUCAUCGUCUCCGCUGGUCCACUUGGGAACGCCGGCGAGUAGUAAUCACCCGGUAGCGCACUCCGACACCGGUCAAGAUGACAUUCCACCACCCGUGAACCUCACCAUCCAGAACCGGAGCCGCUCGAUGCUCAGCUAUACCAACGAGGGGCUCGCCAGCUCCGGUCCACUCCAGUUAACCACCUCUUCCUCGGCGUCGGCCAUCCCCAUUCGGUUAGUGCAACAGAACGGGAAGCCUACCACAGGUCUUGCUUUUGACAGCCUCAUGCUGAAGCAUACCUGCGUCUGCGGGGACAAUGCUGCCCAUCCCGAACACAGCGGGAGACUCCAGAGCAUUUGGGCUCGAUUGAUGGAGACGGGCUUGGCGGCGAGGUGUGAUAAACUUCGCUCCCGUAAGGCCACUCAGGAAGAGUUGCAAUCCGUACACUCAGAAGCGCAUUCCCUCCUCUUCGGUACCAAUCAAAUCAACCGGCAAAAGGUGGAUGCCAGUGGGGUUAGCUUUGUCCGCUUGGGUUGUGGUGGCGUUGGAGUCGACCUGGACACCACUUGGAACGAGCACCACACGGCAGCCGCUGCGCGAAUGGCCGCUGGCUGUGUCAUAGACCUCUGCUACAAGGCUGCGAAAGGUGAAAUUCGGAACGGGUUUGCCGUGGUUCGACCUCCGGGUCACCACGCGGAACCGAACGCUGCCAUGGGAUUCUGCUUCUUCAACUCGAUAGCCAUCGCGGCCAAGCUGCUCCGGCAGCGGCUGUCGUCGGAAAUCCAACGGGUAUUGGUGGUCGAUUGGGACGUCCACCACGGCAACGGAACGCAGCAGGUAUUCUACGACGAUCCGAGCGUACUGUACCUGUCCAUCCACCGACAUGACGACGGAAACUUCUUCCCCGGCACGGGCGGUCCGACCGAGUGCGGUGCCGGUCCGGGAUUGGGUUUCAACGUGAACAUUGCCUGGUCCGGUGGGCUGAAUCCGCCCCUCGGGGACGCGGAGUAUUUGGCCGCCUUCCGAACGAUCGUGAUGCCAAUCGCGCGGGACUUCCAGCCGGAUAUCGUGCUGGUGUCGGCAGGAUUUGACGCCGCGUUCGGACACCCGGCCCCCCUCGGAGGCUACAUGGUGUCGCCGGCGUGCUUCGGGUACCUGACGCGGGAACUGAUGAAGCUGGCCGAUGGGAAGGUCAUCUUGGCACUGGAAGGCGGUUACGAUCUGGCGGCGAUUUGCGACUCCGCCCAGGAGUGUGUGCGAGCUUUGUUGGGAGAUGAUUUGGCGCCGAUUGCGGCAACGGAACUAUCCCGGCCGCCGUGUCAGACGGCGGUGGAGACGCUACAGAAGACUAUUGCCAUCCAGAUGACGCACUGGCCGUGUGUAAAACGGCUAGCGCAUACUGUGAGUUUUUCGGCGAUGCAGGCUGUGAGUGGAGCGACCGGUCCGGACCGAGAGGAAUCCGACACGGUGACGGCGAUGGCCGGGCUGUCGAUGCAGCCGCCCAAUAGAACCUCAGACAUCUCCCGGGAAGACUCGGAGGAACCGAUGGAUCAGGAUGAAUCAAAGUAGAUCGGUGCCGUACCGUUGCAGGACCCCCAAAAACCCUGGCUUCUGGAGGUUGGAUGUUUUUUGGAACCAUUUUGUUCGUUGGAAACCCGACGACCAGAGGACGACGACGACAGGCUUCGUGUCAAACGGUAGGAAGAGUUUGGGAAUCAGUCAGUCACCGUGUAGCAUUUGGCGCGGUCGGCCGGGCAGUUGUAGUUAGAGGAAAUCUAUUUACGAAUGGAUGGAGUUUUUGGCGCAAGCAAGAGCUUAGGAUACGAAAAAAAACUAAAUUUACACACGAAUGCGUGGAAGAGAGUGGGUAGAGGAGUAGUGCAAGAUGCUAUUUUUGAGCCAGUUUUAUUGGGUGGCUGCCCCGCGAUUUUUUGGAAGGGGCGGAACCGGAGUAGCUCUGGUAGGAUAUCAAAUUUGGCGAUCGAAAUGUGAAUAGCAUGCAAACAGAUAGGAACCAAAUUUUGAAUCAGGGAGAGAUUUUGGCGCUGGCGGCACGAUAUAUUGGCGAAGGUACAGUUUGGGAUCAUUCUGAGCCUUCCUGAUUGGUUUAAGUUUAGUGUGUAUGCAUUUUGACAGGUUCGUCGUGCACUGAGCUAAAUCGGCAUUUGGUUCCGAACGUAGUUUUCGACUAAUAUAUAUUUUUAGUGCAAUUGACAGUGUCGUUGCCAAUUGUGUCUAUAUCUGAAUGGUUUAUUUUUGGGCACUUUUAUCAGAGGUAGAUUACAAACAGAGAGAUGAUAACUAGCUGGGUCGGUGUGAAUUUAGAACACACAUAAAACAGAAUAUUUCCGUUUUCGUUUAUUGUUCGUUGUUGGUUGUUGAUAUAAAAUAGUAGAUUUAACCCCUGAGAGCAACAGUGUACCGUUCCGCUAAACUCACACUAGGCCAUUCAAUGGAUUAGGCAAAGGAAAAUGUUUAAAAAAUCCACCAUAGAGCAACAAUUCAUAUUGUAUAAGAAUCAAAUCAGAUAUGCGAUGCUAAGCAAGAGAAGUACGUUUGUUUUACAAAAUGCAACAAAGUGGUAAUUACAAAGUAAUUUUUACAAAAAUAUAUCGUGAUUCUGCCUCUCCCUGGUGGGAGCAGUUUUUUAUUUUA